CCAUACCAGCGAUGGUACAGCAUAACCUUCAUAUGCGCCUGCAACAAGCGCAGAACAACAUAUUUUCUGCGAUUGCUGGAGGCCCUUCAUCUCUUCACCGCUUCCAGAAGGACUGGUUGCAUCUCUCUACAGACUUCGAAGACGAAUGUCGUCUGAACGGCGUGGACGAAGAGCUCAGCCAGUUAGCUCACUCCACAGCCUCUAUCAUUGCGACGCUAUCCGGCAGUUUUCUUAGGCUUGACUCUGUUGAGAAGGAGCAACGAACACAACUACUAUCUGCUAUCGAAAGGAAGUCUCGUAACGUCAAGGAGCGGAGCAAGACGGAUGGCGCCCUAGUUUGGUUUCUGGAGAAUAUACAUGACCCUUAUCCCUCAGAUGCUACCUUGACGUCUUUAUCCUCCGCGACAUCUCGCUCUGUUGCUACCAUAACCAAAUCCUUCCUUGAGCUACGAAAACAAGUCGGAUGGACUACCCUCAUUCGUACUCAUUUUGGUGGCUCUCGUCCUGCGGCAGUUGAAGCUGCACGUCGCGCAUAUCUCCACGUUGAUUCUUCACACCCUCUCCCGGCGCGUGUUCAAUCCGCAUUCGACUCCAUAAAGUCCAAGGCUGAAGCCCUCGUCUCACCAAAACCGACUCCUUAUCCUAAGGUUGUGGCAAAGAGCAAUGUCCCUUCUACCGCAGCAUUCCCCAGCGUCCACGGCGAAGACGAAGACGAAGAUACUACACCACCAGCUCCCAUCGCCGGCCGUAAACGUCGUGUCGAUGAAGCUACUGAAGCGGAGAACGCCUCGCCCUCCGUCUCUAUUGAUGGAAGAGCCUUGAAGAGAUCAAGGCUUGACCCUUCCAAGCCGUCGCCAUUGAAGCCAGUGCUAUUAGCCAAGAUCAAAUCAAAACCUAAAAAACGCUCUUUCAACUCACGCAGACCCGCGUUAAGUGUCGACGGGCAUAAACCCCGAGUGUCAUCACCUCUGGCCUCAUCCUCCUCCAUCACCCCACCCUCCACGUCCGGUGCUAUCGGGCACAAGCCCAGAAACCCGUCACCUUUGGCCUCGUCUUCUACCACCCCGCCUGUCACGUCCGGUGUCAACGGACACAAGCCCAGAAAACCGUCACCUUUGGCUUCCUCUUCUAUCACCCCGCCUGCCGCGUCCGGUGUCAACGAGCCCCGAAAACCAUCACCUUCGGCCUCCUCUUCUAUCACCCCGCCUGCCUCGUUCGGUGUCAACGGACACAAGCCCCGAAAACCGUCACCUUUGGCCUCCUGUUCCAUCACUCCAUCUUCCGCGUCCAGUGCCAACGGGCCCAAGCACCGAAAACCAUCACCCUUGGCCUCUUCCACUACCCCACCCUCAUCUGCUCCGGUCACCUCAUUGCCUUCAAUUCCUUCAUCUCCUCCGUUGCCUCCACCACCUCCCAUCAGUCGCAAGCGUCGUCCACCAGAGUCAGAGCAUGACACAUUGCCAGGGCACAAGCGGCCCCGAUACCUGUCUAGUCCCUCUUGUCCUCAAGUGGCCCCCGAACCUCCUCCCUACCAGCAUACAUUUGCCGUACCGGAGCUCUUCCUUCCUAGCGAUUGGUCCAACGGUCAGUUCACCUCUGUAGCAGCUCAGUGGCCUAGCGAGUCUAUGCCACCCUCGUCGGCUUUCCAGUCGUUCGACUCUUUUAUGCACUACCCUCCCGUUCCCACACAAGACACGAUCGACACCAAUCCACCCAGCUCCUUCCCAUUAUCGUCAUCGAUACCUUCGCCACCUCCCCCAUCUUCUGCUGCGGCCCUGGACCACGAGCUGCAGACGGUAUGCGAGUCCAUUCUCGAGGUGUUUGGUACUCGGCCUCCUGAGCUUUCUGCGAUGGAUACUGGAUCGGACGGAAGUGGGAGCGGAACGAGUAGUCCUCAGACGCCAAAUAACGAGGUCUAUGGGAGUGGGAUGGGAUGGAACCAGGGCGAAGUGUUUGCGAACAUGGGCGGACUUGAUGGGACGGGGGCAAAGGGCGAGCCACCUUGGAUCACAGGGGGUUACCCUGGUAUCCAUGGAUUUGAUGCCUCUAACCUCGACUUCGACAUGAAUACCGUCCCGCAGUUCGACUUGGCCGCGUUCGCGCCACCUGCUCUACCAUUCCCGUCAGAUCUCCCCUUCUUCGAGCAAUCCUUUGCAAGCCAGCCUGACGACGACGUUGCUACCAACGCGUUAAUGGAGAUGUUGAUGAUGCCGACCCAGCCGACAUCCAUGACUCCUUCUUGGGACCCCAUUUCGAUCGAUCAGCUGCAGGACAUGCAACUACAGGAGUGGUGCAGUCUCUUUACAGAUUCCACCUAGUCCGUUGAGUCUAUCAUCCCUUUUCUUCGUUCUUCGAUUUCUCCGUUCGUCUUGUUAUACCUGUCUUUAUUCAUGGAUCCCCAGCAUACGACGUCGAAGGAGGUGUAAAUCCACCUCUCCGUCUGUGUUGUCCGAUCUUCAUCUUACAUCUUUUCUCACUUCCAUCUUUCUAUUCAUGGAGCCCCAGCAUACGACGUCGAAGGAGGUGUAAAUCCGCCUCUCCGUCUGUGUUCUCCGGUCUUCAUCUUCCUUUUUCAUCUCAUACUCCCAUCUCGACGUCGAAUGAGGCGUAAAUCCACCUCACCGUCAGCAUGGCCUAUCUCUUUCUGUGCUCCUGCUUUACUCUCAACCACUUUCAAUUCUACGCGCACCACUUGUCGUCCUGUAUCCUCUAGUCCCGCAUGUAUUUUCGUGGUGCGCGCGUACCUCACACUGUCUGUCUUCCCGUUCACAUCAUUCAUCUUUCCUCGGCAUCAUGUAUCCCUCCCUCUCAUGUAUUUCUGCCGUGUCAUCUCGUCGUCUUUCCGUCUUGCUUUGUGUUCGCUUUCGCUUUCUUCCUUUCGUCGUCGUGUUUUGCUCUCUUCCUUUGCCGCAUCUUGCAUCAUCUUUCCGUCUUGCUUUGUGUUCGCUUUCGCUUUCUUGCUUUCGCCGUCGUAUCUUGCUCUCUUACUUUGCCGCAACUUGCAUCAUCUUUCACCGUCCAUUUUACUAUACUCAGCAUCAUUUUUCAGCGCGGGCUCAUAGUCCUGCAGUAUCAUC